CGUUUGCUUUAGUUGCUCUGUCACGGCGCAUCAAGGUGGCAGUGUUCUGCGCGCGCUCUUUCGCUCAUUUUGUUUUGGCAGUCAGCAAGUGCAUGGCUGGUUCAUUAAGUGCGGGCUGGCGAGUACGUAUAUGGGUCAGUGUUUCAGUUGUGUUUCGUUAAUUGUUGAAGGACAGAUCAGUGAUUUUAUUUUACAGAGGUGAUCUCCGAAAUCACAGAACGUAUUUUCCACGUUUCGGAGGUACAUGCAGCCUCCCCAUCUUCAGGGUCAAAGUGAGAGGGGCGAAUGACCAUGGUAUCGGCAUGUGCAUAAGGAAACAACACCGGAGACUUCCACAAGAUGCGAACACCAAAGAAAACAAUCUGUUUCAGUUUAUCGUCUGUUGAUUGCUAAUGUUAAGAAACUGUGAAGUGACGCAAGACAAGUGAUGAAUUUGUUUGUUAAGUGAAUGUGUAGUGAAUCUGUUUUAUCGACUUUUAAAAUUGAGUGAAGUUCAUAUAUGCAGAAGACUUAGUCAUAUGAAAACAAACUUCAGUAAAAAGAUCUCAAAACAGUGGGAUUUACAGUGAGGCUUCCAACGAUGUGGCCUCAUUGGGCACGGCUGCUGAAUGAGGUAGUGCAUUGCUUAACGGGGCCACACGUCUAGCGCUUCUACAGCAAUCGGCAGACACGCUUGUCGGAUAUGUGUGAAGAUUACCGGAAACCAAGUGAGAUGAUCUGGAAGCAGAUGGAGAAGACACGGCCGUUCACAUGCCAAUACCAUUAUCACCAUCACCAGCACCAUCUCCAGUCGGACGAGGGAUCAUGAAUUCUUCUGGCUCCCAUGAUAAUCCUUUCUAAUAAUUGUAAAACGAAAUAUCCGGCACGUAUAUUAUUAAAGACAAUCGUAAGAUAUCGCUAGAACAGGAGGAUUAUAUCACUGUUGAGGUGUAUUAUGGGAUGGCGUCUAAUCCCGACAUUAAAAUCACUGAUCCAUCUAGUGGACACCAUCUGCUGCGUUACGACCCUACACCAUCAACAUUAUCAUUAAGUCACACGUCAGACAUUACACCAACGUCACUUGUAGACGCCAUAUUGGACAAUCUGACGUCAUCUGUAUCACCGUCUUUGGAAGGGGAACAAGAAUGGACGGACGUUUUGAGUCUCAUCUUGAAGGCAGGUGUCAUGGGGUUCAUUAUCAUCGCUGCCAUUUUCGGAAACCUGCUAGUCAUAGUAAGUGUGAUGAGGCAUCGGAAAUUACGUAUUAUUACAAACUACUUUGUGGUCUCGCUGGCUCUGGCAGACAUGCUUGUAGCCAUGGUGGCAAUGACUUUCAACGCAAGUGUUCAGCUAACUGGACGUUGGAUGUUCGGUUACUUCAUGUGUGACGUGUGGAACUCCUUGGAUGUGUACUUCUCCACCGCUUCCAUACUCCAUCUGUGCUGUAUAAGUGUAGACAGGUAUUAUGCGAUUGUGAAACCACUCAAAUAUCCUAUAAACAUGACAAAGCGUGUUGUCGCAUUUAUGCUUUUAAACACUUGGAUUUCUCCAGCCGUUAUUGCUUUUGUUCCCAUAUUCCUAGGCUGGUACACCACUGAAGAGAAUCAGUUGUUUAGGUUAGAAAAUCCGGACAUUUGUGAGUUUAAAGUGAAUAAGGUUUAUGUAAUUGUUUCUUCUUCGAUCUCCUUUUGGAUCCCAUGUACGAUUAUGGUGUUCACAUAUUUGGCCAUAUUUAAAGAGGCGAAUCGACAAGAGAAACAACUUCACUCGAGGAUAGGGAACGCCAUGUUGAUGAACCAACACAGAGAGCACAACAACAGUAACGGUGAUGUGCUGAGUAGCAGUGGUGGCUCCUCCAAAACACUCACCAUGCACGAAAUCCACCACGGGGAUCUGCACUCAACCCCUACGAAAGAACGGAACAUCAUCAAAAUGAAGCGCGAGCACAAGGCAGCAAGGACUUUGGGCGUCAUCAUGGGAACCUUCAUCCUCUGUUGGCUGCCCUUCUUCUUAUGGUACGUGAGCACAACCCUUUGCGGGGAAGCCUGCCCCUGUCCGGAUAUCGUGGUAUCUGUCGUGUUCUGGAUCGGUUAUUUCAACUCAACAUUGAAUCCACUGAUCUACGCGUAUUUCAACAGGGAUUUCAGAGAAGCGUUCAAGAACACUCUUCAGUGUGCUUUCUGCAGUUUGUGCCGACGCCCGCCGUCGGAUCUCGAUGCCCUGGAUAUGCGGCGUCACUCUCUUCGUUAUGAUGAAAGGACACGGAGCAUUUACUCUGAGACUUACCUCAAACAUAUCGAUAGGAGACGCUCAAGCGAGUUCGGGAGCAGUCUGUGAUGAGGCUCUGUUGCCUUAGAGGGCAAAAUGUUCCCAAAAUGGUGACUCUUUGGAGCCGUUAUGAAGAAGGAA